AGGAUUGGUCAGAAAGGCUUUUAAGGCGGGGCUUAGCGAAGGGUCAAUUUUAAUCGUUUGUCUUGUUACAGGAUCCUGUUUUCCUUUAGGUGGCGCUAUAAAUCUAUUUUGUUGGGUUUUGACCAGAGUAUUUCCAACCUCUGUUGCUUUAAAGAAAAGUAGGCGGGGCGAAACUUGGUUGUGUGCACGCUGUAACCCAAGGAGCUUUUGCUGAGCAUCAAUGAAUGCUUGCACACUGUAGUGGAAAGAAGCAUGAGCUUUGUUGAUGCGUUAAUAAUUGUGAGUUCUUUAUAAAUCUUUUUGUAACUUUGAACGAUGUGAUCACGAAAAAAAAAACCUCAACGUUGAUGGUGGCACGUACCGCGCAUUGUUUGUUUUCUGCAGCUGCGCAUCAGACUCAAGGUGCGCCAGUACACAGCGUGAGCCAGUUAAGCGUUGCUUUGGCCCUAAUCUGGAUAGAACUAUCGCCUCUCUUCUGGCGAUCUUAUUGAUCUCAUAGAUCAGAGGCAGCGUGAUGACUAAAACGCCCGAUACUCCAGCACCCUGUCCGUGUAUGGAUGAAAUCCUCCCAGAGGAGCCCGUGGAGCAGCUCUCCAGACGCUCUCCUGCUCAUGGCGGCGGUCGUGUGCCUGUUCCAGAACUGGUUGUGACAUGUGAGCCUUGUGUCAGCCAGUGUGACCAGAGCCCCCACGGACCAUGCUCGGGCUCUCAUCCCGACGACGAGUCUAUCUGCUCGGACAGUGGUCUCAGCGGCUCUCCCGCCUCCCUUGCGUUGCGAAAGCUCUCCAACACGUCCUCCACCGGCCUCUCGCCAGCGUCGUCUUUUGAAGAAUGCGACGAGGAUUUUAUGGGAUACAGUGACUAUCAAGCACUGACGCGAGACGGUGGCGUGUGUCCAUGUGAACCGUUCACGACUGAUCUGUGGAAGAAGUCAAAAAAUAUGGUGAACUGGUCUACCCUUUCAGUGCCGGUGAAAAAGCGCUCUCCCUGGGUGCAGGUGGUCGGCCAUGCAGGAAACUUUCAGACGGACAGUGAUGGAAGACUGCUGAAGAAGUACUGCGAGUGUGAGCAGCAGUGUUUUCUGCAGCUCAUGAGCGACUCGCUGCGGCCCUUCGUUCCCGGCUACUAUGGCGUGACUCAGCGAGAUGAGCAGGAUUACAUCCUCAUGGACGACCUGCUCGUUGACUUUGACUCUCCCUGCAUCAUGGACUGCAAAAUGGGAAGCCGGACUUACCUGGAGGAGGAGUUGAGGAAGGCCCGGGAGUGUCCUCAGCCACGCAAGGACAUGUAUGAAAAAAUGAUUGCAGUGGACCCGGAUGCCCCCACUGCUGAGGAGCAAGUUGAGCAGGCAGUACUCAAAACCAGAUACAUGCAGUGGAGAGAAACUCUCAGCUCAACGGCUACCAUGGGUUUUCGCAUUGAGGGCAUCAAGAAAUCAGAUGGAAAUUGUAACACCAACUUCAAGAGAACAAAGUAUAAAGAUGAGGUGAUCCAAGCUCUAGAGGACUUUGUGGACAACAAUAUGCUAAUCUUGAGAAGCUACCAACAGCAGUUAAAGGAACUACGGGUCGUACUGGAAAAAUCUGAUUUCUUCAAAGCACAUGAGGUGGUGGGAAGCUCCUUAUUAUUUGUCCAUGACCAGACUGGUAAGGCUGGAAUCUGGAUGAUAGACUUUGGAAAAACUGUGCCCAUGCCGGACCCUCUCACCCUGGACCACCGCAGCCCGUGGGUGGAGGGCAACAGAGAAGAUGGGUACCUCUGGGGCUUGGACAAUUUAAUUGACAUCCUGACCAACAUGCUCCCCGAGAAAUGAAAGACAUUAUGGAUAUAAUCUUCAAAAUUGUCAUUUUCUGCACCCCAUUUUUGGGAGACCACAUCUGUGAUUCCCCUAUAUGCCUUCAUAAAAAAUAAGCUAUGGUAGGAGGAAAAGUACAGAUGGAUUGAGCUUUUAUAACCACAUCUAAGCCUGUGAAUUGACCUGCUGAUGUUGUGUGCCUCUCCUUAUUUUGUCGUUUUCAUUUAUAUUGGAACAUCUGUAAAUUUUUUGCCAUGUAUUUUACAUUGUAAAUACUAUAGGUUAUUUAAGUUUCUUAAUUCGAUUUGAUUUUAUGUGUCACGGGUUGAGCAAACGGCUAGCUAGCUUUGGAAAAAUUAACCCUACACACGAAAAUCAUACCGUUGUUAUGACAGGUAUAUAAAGGUACAUGAACAGGAUUGUUUCCAUCUUAAAGUGAAUACUAAUGAAAAUCUGGACCAUCAUAUUCUGUUUGUGAUAGUGGCCAGAUAUUUUUCCCUUCUUAGUUUGAUGACCAAAUGAACUAAUUUGAUUUGGUAGGGAUGAACACAAUUUGAGUACUUAAACUCUUAUAAUGUGCUAAACUAUUGCUGGAUCAAAACAAAAAAGAACAAACACCUCUAAUAUAUGGUGCUCAGUCAGUUCAUAUUCAUGCUGUGCUUCAGCCUGUGCUUUUUAGUGCUAACUUGCAAAGCUCCCAUUGCAAUGUCAAUAUGUGUAAUUGUUUUGUAAAAUUCAGUUUUAUAUUUGCUAAAGCACAAUGUUUAAUUCACAUCUUGCACAUUAAUUUACUGUAACAUUCCUGUGUUGUUAAAAAUGUCAUGCAAGCGUAAACUGUUCGAGGUGAAUACUGUAUGUCAUUAUUUAAACCGCCAAACAGCCCCUGUUAAUACCAAAUAUAUGGCUGCCACAAGAGUGACCUAUCCAACUUCAGAAUUUUUGAGCCAGUACUUGUAUGCACAAAUUCAGAGUUUGCACUGUUAAUUUGAUAUCCCAUUGUGUUUUAUACUGUAUAACAAUCACAUAAGAUGAUGUUCUACACUACUUGUGAUCAUUAUUUUGGGAGCUUUGGCUUUUUGGCUAGAUCGGUUUUGCAGUUCUGGUAACUUACUGGGUCGCUGUGAUAAUUUUGUAAAGGUGUUGACUGUCGGAAUAAUAAACAGACAUUUGUUA